AGUCUCUACAUUUAAAUCUGUUUUUAUUUGAAGCAAAUCUACAGCAGGAAGCUUUAGACAGCAUCGGGUGUACAACGGCAUGGCAGGAAGGAAUGCAUUUGGCAAGUCAGGGUUUCGUCCUUAUCAGAAAGGAAUGGAUGACCACCAAAGGCCUCCCACUUACCCGGAACAGCGACAUGUGACAUACCGAGUCAACCCUGACGGUAAUACCUAUCGUGAAGAGAUAAACAACGACCAGAAUGACAGAAAAUAUGAACAAGUCAAUCUUCCACAUAACCGAGAUGUUGUGAACCCAUCGACAACGCAAGAUAGAAACAUAAGGGGAACGCGUACCAUGAACGUGAAAUACACUGAGCCAAUCAAAAUACAGUCACAGAGACCUGCUACCUACCGAGUCCAAUCUGACGGUAAAACAUAUCGUGAUCAGUCAGACGACGAACAGUAUAACAGGAAGUAUGAGCAAGCCAGUCACCAACGAAACCGAGAUGUUGUAGACCCAACAAAACCGCACGUUUUCCCACACGAUCGGAACAUAAGAGGAACGCGUGUAACGCACGUGCAACAACCAGAACCAAACGAAAUACUGCCACAGAGAGCUGUUACCUACCGAGUCCUGCCUGACGGAAAAACGUAUCGUGAACAGGCAGACGACAUUCAAAACGGCAGAAAGUACGAGGAAUCCAAUCCGGUCCCACAAAAGGCAGAUUUUGUAAAUAAGAACAUAAGAGGAACGCGUGUUGCGCAUGCGCAACACCCAGAACCCAGCAAAUUCCAAUCUAAGGAAGAUCCAAUGGAUGCCCCGAUAGUGCAAAACUCAACCGACGGCAUGGGAAAGGAUAAAAUCCAUAGGUGGACAAUGUUUAGACUUUGGGUCAACCGUGAAAUAUCACAAGAAGUCCGAAAAGAAAGGGAUUCCAACAAAGAAUUUACAAGACGAUUAGAUCUUCCUAUGGACAGUAUGGUUACUUCCGUAAUAGUUGACCCUGCAAGUGACACAAAUGGCAGACGACUCCAAAACGAAUAUGGUGCAAAAGGACAUGGCGUUCAACAUUUUAACAUUCUUCCGGAAAAUAUGUACUUUGUUUUUGGAAUACCAAGAGCAAAGACAUCAAUGAAUGCCAAUGUUUCGGAAUUUCUUGAGACAAUGUCAAAUGCCAUUGCCAAAUCGGAACAGGACGUUUCGUCGACAAAAGAUGAAUUUUCUACCAAGGAUGACGCUGAUUUCAGAAGAACUCGGGGACUUGGACCUGAGGUAGAUCAGAGAAGGUCACCGGACCAGUACGAUAAACACCUGAAGAGUGAGGCAAACGACGACGAAAAAAAUCGAAGAUGGUACGCAGAUGACUUGAGGAAAAGUCGCUAUAAGCAUGCUGAUGAAAUAAGAGAGAACAGGACAGAUUGGGAGGACGAUCGUGUGAAGAAGCCAGGCCAGUGGGAAGUGGACAACCUUGGCAAAAGCCGGAAGUGGCAGUCAGAUGAUUACAACAGGGAUCGAACAUUUGGCGCGGAGAAACAUUCACCCAAACCUUCGGGAACGGAUAACGACUGGAAUUUCCCCCAAUGGGAUGACGGUGACUUAGGAAAGUCAAGAAAUAGAGGAACAGACGACUUUCGGAAGAGUCGCGCAGAGGGAUUUACAGAUUUCGGAAAGUAUAAUUUUGACAGUUAUGAAAUGCCGAAUAAGAAGAGGAAAGAGCACUUAUCUAAUACAAGGAAAGCAGGCGAAAAUAUCUAUGCCACACAUGUAAACAAAUGAUACGAAUCAACACCGAGAAAGUAUAUCUCGUAACGGUAAACCUAUACUAGAUAUCUACAUCCAGUCGCUGUAUCAUACACAUAGAUUGAGUUCAUAUCCCAGUGACCGCUUCAUUGAACCUCGUAAUGAAGAAAUUCAGCUGGUCUCCUUGUCAAUAAAAAGAACAAAUUGACCUUCUGAAGUUGCUGACCAAAAAGACAGCUUUAUUUUUGCCUCGAUCUGAAGUUGACAUCGUCUUCAGAUUUCCAUUGAGCUGCGUUUUUUCCCCGAAUGGAAUGCGUGUUCUUAGUUUAGCGAUUGUUCAGAUGCUGAAAUAGUACAGAAUGUUCGUGAAACAAAAUAGAAGAAAAUCGCACAAGUAAACUAACACAUGUAUAUCUAUUAUAGAGUUACAAACCGGUGGCGAUCGAAUAACGCACCGAUUGUGUAUAUAAAUAGUCUGAUCUGUGUAUCGUACGGUUUGAAAAGUACAAUAAAAAUGAAGCAUAUGCAAUCAGAUGUCACAGCGUUCAUAGAUGUUUGGUUUACGGCAAGGGACUUGGAUAUUAAUGGCUUGUCUGAAAUAGGUCGGAACACUGCCGUUCAGCUGGAACCAACUAAACAUGUAUUCCGGAAAUUGACCCAGUAUAUGUAUAAGAUAUCGUAUUAACUUGGUGAGAUAAAUCCAAGCUAUGAAACAAUAUUACAAAUAUUGUAUCACAGAUGCUAUUUUAGUCCAUAACAAACAAUAGUGGAUAAUGGGUAAUUACUAUGAUAAACUAUUCAACAUUUUAAAAUACAAAAUUAUUUUCACUCAUCAUACCAAAGGAAAAAUGUUUAUCUUUUAUUAUUGAAUGUAAUCAUUUUUUUUAUAUUACUUACAACUUGUGUCUACAUUAAACAGAUCAUUAACUUCAAAUAACGUGUGUGUUUUCGGUGGGG